AUGAAUGAAGGUGGUUAUGGUGAUAUAAAAAAAAAUUCUGAACCAAAUCAUAUGUCAAACAGUUUAGAAAAUAAUAAAAAUUUAAAUUUUUCGUCAGAUGAAAAUGAAAAAGAAAAGAAAAAAAAUGUUUCCCCUUCUUCUGAUUUAAUUGAAAGUGAAACAAAUACCAGUGAUAAGCAAGCAAAUAAGGUUAAUGAUUCAGCCAAUAUUGACAUAACUAAUAAUUAUAAUCAAAAUGAUGGAAAUUAUUUACCAGUUUCAAAUAAUGAUAAUGCUGAAUUUGUUUUGCCCGAUACUACAAUCGUUCUAGAAACAGAUUGGGGGUCUAAGGUGUACCUCGUUGGCACAGCACAUUUCAGCGAACAAAGUCAAGAAGAUGUAGCCAAGGUAAUAAGAGCUGUGCAACCAAACUCUGUUGUUUUGGAGCUUUGCGAAUCUAGAUCUUAUAUGCUACAAUGGAAAGAAGAAAAAAUAUUAAAAAUUGCAGAAAAAAUGGAGUUCAAAAUGGUCAAAGAGACUAUUCAAAAUUAUGGAUUACAACAGGGUGCCUUGUAUCUUUUACUUCUUUCCGUUUCUGCUCAAAUCACAAGAGAAUUGGGAAUGGCUCCAGGUGGAGAAUUUCGUAGAGCAUAUAAAGAAGCUGUUAAUGUUCCAGGUUGUGUUGUACAUUUAGGAGAUCGUCCAAUUGAAAUAACAUUAAGAAGAGCUUUUGCCAGCCUAUCCUGGUGGCAGUCGAUUAAAUUUGCAUUUUAUGUUAUUUUCAAAGAUAUAGAAAAGUGUAAAAAUCGAGAUUAUUUAGAAGAAAUGCUUGCAAUGUUGGGUGGAGAAUUUCCAGAAUUGAAAAAUGUUUUUGUUAACGAAAGAGAUUUGUUUUUAUCACAUAGUUUGGUGAUGGCUUCCAUAAUGACAAAUAGCGCGGAAGAAGCUUCCAUUUUGGGAUUAGCUUUGUACGGUGUACACAAAAUAGCAUCAAAAUCCGAAUAUUAUUCCUCAUUGUUUCGAUAA